ACAAUAAACAUUUAAAUUUUUGUCAUGAUCACUGAGGCAAAAUAAAUUAAUGGGCAUCCCGUACCUCUCUACCACGGUCGCCGUCAGGAGCGCACCCAGAAGGAACUGUUUCAUAAGCCUCCCUCAGACACUCCUAAGGAGCAUCGCUCCCUGUACUGUCCACGUGUUCUCAUUCUCGGACAAGUCAGGGCAUGAGUGCUUGGUGUCGUGGGCCGGUGAGAGUCAUGUGACGAAGGGCAACGAAGAGCCGGCUAUCAUCGUAUGUGAUAAGCUGCUCUCAAUGAACGGUUUCAGUGUUGGAGAACAAGAGCUCGUGAUAUUAAAGCAGCUGCCCUCACCUUCUGCUUGUGAGCGUGUUUGUGUUUCAGUAUCGUGUGCCAGCGACUGGGAGAAUUUGUGUUUGAAUAUUGAUAUGGUGCAACUGGAAUUUUUAGAGCAAGUGAGAAUAGUGGUUCCUGGCGCACGGUUCCCUCUCUGGCUCGAAGGAGGUUCAUGCGUAACCAUGUCUGUGCUACGUGUAUCGCCGGCUGCAGUGAGCGGACUUUUGCUGCCUCUCACUUACGUGGAAGUUGUCCCCCCUGGAUCUGAACAUGCGCCUGAAAGACUACCAUCUCAGUCUCUUCAGUUUUCUUCUUCGGAUCUCCCUAAUGCAAAUCCCUCUCUUCCCCUAUACGAAACAACUGCAAUGAGUAACGAAAAUAAGUUGAAAUGUGAUUCCCUGUUAACUUCAUUGACGAAGUGCGUGCUUUAUAAUUUGAUUCGAAUGAACCAAACUAUUGUAGACACACCUUCGGCCAAAAUUACCAAGUUGUUGAGAGUCCUACCUCCGCUCGACUAUCCGCUAAUGUCUCGCUCUCAUCCCUUCUCUUCUGUGGUUGUUGUUAGCACUGAUGCCGUUUACGACACCCCCUUCAAUAAGCAUUCUUUCUUUCCUGCAAUGAUACAACUCGCUAUGCCCUCAAAACUUGACAAGGACGAAAAAGGUCCGUCAGGGCAGACAAGCAAACCAAAAAAUGAUACUUCCAAAUCAUUUUAUGUGAUGGUGAUGGUUCUUGAAAACGCUCAAAAAACAGUUGAUGUUGAAUUUUUAGACUAUGUUCUCUCGAAUAGCUUUGUUGCUGGGCAUUUUGCCGUUGUGCCCAACUCGAUACGGAGAAUUUUAUGUCUGGCUUCUCCUAGUCUAAUACUGAUGAAGACUGGAACCCUUCCAUUCCGUUCAGGGCCUCUUCUCAUUGACGUGCAUUCAGGCCGAAAGUUGCUACAAGAAGAGCUUGUGCGCGUGAGCAGCACCGUGAAACAAAUGUUCAAAGAAGCCUGUGAUCUCUGUGACACGAUCAUUAAUCAUGGCAGCUUGUAUACCAUUGUGCUACCUACGGGGCCACUUGAAGUUUUGGUGCUUCUCCGAGGCGGUGAUGCACCGCUUAUGCUCACUCGCUCCACUGUUGAUUUGUUGAAUAUUCACGUUACAUGCCAGCUGAGCAAAGAAUUUGUAUCUGUACCUCGAUCGCCGCCACUCAGUGAUUGUGAACGUGAUUUGUCGCAGCCUAUAUUCGACUUCGUAGGUGACGCAGUUUUUGCUGAUACUUUGCGGAAACGAGUAACACGUUUUUUGGGGUUAUCGUCAAGUCGCUUCAAGGAGCCAAUUUUCGCUUUAUUGCAAGGAGAAUCUGCUAGUGGCAAGACGACGCUUGUUGAAAAGUUAGGUCGCGACUUUGCUGGUCUCAAUUACCGAGUUUACUGUAAGAUUGUGUCCUUAAAAAAAUUCAUUGGUAAGAAAGCCGAGGCCGUUGAGAAGCGUCUUCUUGACGUCGCUCAUACGGCGUCACUUCUGCGUCCAAGUUUGGUCGUCUUGGAUGAUAUCGACUCGCUUUGUCCAUUACGGAACUCUGACGAAAACGCCGGGCCUGUUGCUGAUCACCAUUACCAGCUGGCAUGCGCUGUUCAAAGCUUCUUGAAUUUCGUCAAAUCUUCUAACGAAAUCACGAAUCUCGAGCGUGAAGGGAGACUGGGCAACGUUUACGUCAUAGGGACAUGCGUGAGCCGCUCAGCUGUAGACCAGCGUUUAUCUGAGCAAGGUCGACCUGAUCUUUUUCCGAUUAGUCUAACAUUACCUUCUCUAUUACCUGAAAAUCGUCUGCAAAUACUCAAAAAGAUGCUGAUAAAACGUCUUGGCGCUUCCACUUCUCAUCACAUUCGUGCCUUGCAGUCACUCACCCCUGAGAACCUUUCUUUUUUAGACGACGCCAAGCUGUUGAAAAUCACCGAAGGCUACAAAUUGCCAGACUUAGCGAACUUGUCUCUAAGAACCGCAUUGUUGCUGGAAGAUAAAUGCCUUUCUUAUUCGACGGGAACUGUGGAAAGCAGCCGCUGGUGUCAUCGGUCAAUGCGCUCUCUUGAUGACAUAAAUCAUAAAAGCGCAUCCUCGUUCACGGUGAAGGAAAUUUCACUUGGAGAGCAAGGACUGCCGUCUCUGCGCGAGCUGUUGACAGAGGAGCUUGUCGCCGCCGCUGCUGAGGACUAUACGCCGCUGGCUUACAAGGACGUACGCGGCAAGCGCUCGGCAGGGCAGCAGGAGUCGACUGCGAUUGGCGGGCUGCGCGACGCGCGGGAGCUGUUGUACGAGUGUCUGUGCUGGCCAGCGGUGUACCCGCAACUCUUCGCUCAAUGUCCGUCCGCACUCGUCACGGGGUUGUUGUUGUACGGUCCGCCGGGAUGCGGCAAAACGCGACUCGCUCAUCAUAUUGCGCGUGUGGCUAACAUCAACUUCAUCACGGUCAAGGGUCCGGAGCUGCUCUCUAAAUACAUCGGACAAAGCGAAGAAAAUGUCCGCGAAAUAUUUAACAGAGCGUCUGGAUGUGCUCCAUGUCUGCUGUUCUUCGACGAGUUCGACGCGCUGGCGCCGUGCCGCGGCCAUGACAGCACCGGCGUCACGGACCGCGUCGUAAACCAGCUCCUGACGCAGCUAGACGGCGCAGAGUCCAGGACUGGAGUGUGGGUCAUGGCCGCCACCUGCAGGCCAGACCUUAUUGACCCUGCGCUCCUCAGACCAGGUCGUCUUGAGAAAUACAUUUACUGCCCAUUGCCAUCUGAAGAAGAAAGAGCUGAAAUCUUGGCAACCCUGUCGACGACGCUGGAGCUGUCAGCCCCAGUCGACUGGCAACGCGUCGCCAGUCUCACGUCGCACUUCUCAGGAGCAGACUUGCAGAGCCUACUCACCACCGCGCAAAUAGCGGCUGUGCGGGAGCUGAUCGGCGACGAGCUCGACAGAGGAGUCAUCUCGAGUGCUUACGAGACUCCUGUUCCGAGUCCUGUAGGGAAAUUGAGUGAAAGUACUCAUGGUGAUCCACAUACUGUUUCUGAUGAUAAAAUAAAAGAAGUAGGGAAUCUUGAAGCGGGAUCUGUCGAAUGCUAUGACAGCAUCCACAAUGUCCCCAUCAGCCCCAAACCUGUCGACGUCGUCGUGAAGGAACCUGUGCCCAAUUCCCUUGCAUCCUGCGGGAAUUACGCGGAGAAAAGUUUUAGAGACCAAGCUGAUAAGAAGCGCCCAGUUUCAGUUUCGAUGUCGCACAUACUGUCAGCGUUGGGGGAGGUGCGGCCGAGUGUUAGUGCGAGUGAGCGUGAGAAAUACGAAGCUCUACACCGCACUUUCAGCGGAGCUACGAGGACUGGCUCGGCCAUCGCAGCUACUGGCAAGAGAGCGACGCUGGCCUAGAGCUCGUGUCCAUUGAAAUAAGAAUUCGGUUCCCUGAUUUACAACCGUUUUCAUAUACUCAAUGGCGAUAAUUCUAUAAUCGCAAUGCAUAGGACAUGUUUUUGUUGAUGCGGGUGGUAAAACCUGUUGGUAAAGAUACAUUAGGACUGAAGGAUUUGAGUUCAAAUAACCGCGACCCUGUGUUUGGUUACCACGAACUUGUUUAUCCAUCGCAGAUACAACGUGG